ACAAUGCAUUUUUCUCACAUAUCAUAGUUAAAAUUUACAAACUUUCACUAAGAAAAGUCAAAUGAGAAAAUAUUUCCAGAGUAUAAAUUAAGGGUUUUCACUCUUCAAAACUUCCGCCGCUACACGGUCUACCUCCUCGGAACCUGCAAGUGCCCAAAACCUCCGCCAAGAGGAGCCGGAAAUACCAAUCCAGGACAUGGAUAUCGAAUCGAACGUCAAUGCGGACGCUGGGAUUAAGGAUGGCGGUUCGAAGCGGCUGAGGGACGAGGCUGGUGAUCCGGAUUGCGGCGAGAAUGGUGACGCCUCGAAGAAGGCGAGGGUCGAUAAGGCCGUCCAAGGGAAAUUGCCGGAAAACUCCGAAGGAAUUAAAGUUGGGGAGGGAGAGAUAAAAGCUUUGGACGGGUCGGGUCGGGUUACUUUGGGUCCGAAAAGCUUUGGGUCGUCCGUAGAGAUGUUUGAUUACUUCUAUAAGCUGCUUCAUUACUGGACUCCUAAUUUCGACAUCAACAAGUACGAACAUAUGUUGUUGCUUGAACUGCUUAAGAAGGGCCAUGCGGAGCCUGAGACGAAAAUAGGCGAAGGAGUUCAUGCGUUUCAAGUUCGAAACCAUGAUGUAUUUAAAACCAGAUGCUUCUUCAUUGUAAGGGUGGACGGUUCUGCAGAAGACUUUAGCUUCAGGAAGUGUGUCGACCGUAUCCUUCCAUUGCCUGAAAACAUGCAAGUAAAGCACAAUGCCAAUAAGGCCUUGGGUGGUGGCGGCAAGAGAGCAAGAGGUGGUGGUGGUGGUGGUGGAGGAGGAGGUGGUGGCCGAGGCCGAGGCCGUGGCAGUGGAAAGGGAAGAAACUGAUUGAUUUUCCCUUGUUUUGUUGGAUGAAGUGACCCCUAAAUUUACUAUCUCUAGCAUAUGUUUUGGAAGAUAUAUCUUUUUGCCUUUGGCUGGGAAAUGCUAGAUGUACACCAUUAUUUACAUCACUCACACCGCUCUAAGUUUUGAACUAUGCAGACAAAUUUUGUUUGUUUUAUCCAUUGUCUGAUAAAACUUGUUUGUAGUU